AUGUGCUCGGCUGUCACGCUCAUCACGUGCAUCGUCGUCCGUUUUGCGGUUGUAAAUUCGCUGGUGCCGGACUCGAUGCCUGACGUCUCCACUCGGUCUGAUGCGAUGACUCAAGAAGACACGCCAUCAAGCAAGCGCUUGGGGUCCUUCGUGAACAAGCAAGACGAGGACCGAACGAUCAGUGUCAACGAUGCUGUCGGCGUAAUCGGACUGACCAAGGUUUUCGACAAACCAGUCAUUCCUCCAAAAUGGCUGCGCAAAGGAAUACCUGCGGAGGAUGUGCUCGAGCGGCUUCAUCUCGACACGAGCGGCAUCGAACUAUUCGAGAAACCCGAGUUUCUUUCCUGGGCGCUGUAUGUUGACCGAUUCAACAUCAAGCAUCCUACUCAGAUGAAGUCAAUGUACGCGGUGUUGACGAAGCGAUACACUCCAAACGUCCUGGCGAAGAUGAUUGAGGCGGCAAAGCACAAGCCUGAAACCAAACACAUUGCCAUGAAUCUACAGGCUGAGCAGACGAAAGAGUGGGAUGAUGCCGGUAUCAACCUAGGGCUAGUCCUCGAUGUGUUCUUACUUGACGUGGUCAAGGAUUUGUCCCAGCCCGCGUUUAACAUCUUGCUCAGGUACGCUCAUAAAAGCAACCUGGGCAGUAGAACAAUAACUUUUCUCUUGGAGACUCUAAAAGACCACCUCAGCGACGCGGAGCUGUCACAUCUAGUGGUAACAGCGAAGCAAGAUGAGUUCAUUUUCGACCCGGCUCUUGAUCUACAGAUUGCGCUUGCUGACCUUUGGUUGGUGAGACGCGUGCGUCCUGUAGAUGUGUUCGAGUGGCUCGGGCUUCACCGUGACGUAAUCGACUUUUACAAGAACGCAGAGGUAAGGAAUUGGAAAGUGUACGCAAACGCUUUUCGUCACCAAACGAAAUUGGAACACCCGGCAUUAAUCGAUCUGCUCAGGGUUCACUAUGGAGACGAGGUGCUGUGUUCGUUGGUCAACAAGGUCCGACAUGAUUCACCUCGGUACGAGUGGACAACGCGUUUGUUGCACGACCUGGUCGUGCGAUGGAUCGGUGAAAAGAGAUCUGUUGUAUACGUGCGUGACCGGACGGGGGUCUCAGGAUCUUUGAUGCACAAUCGCGUGUCGCUAAAAUUAGCGAAGGGGAGUCCUGUAGAACUAAUGUUGUAG